UAUAGCAAAAUUUCCGAAAAUCCUUACCCAUUUAGGUAAAAUUAUUGUUUUGUAAACAAUUAAAGUACAACACUGAGCUCCAUACCUCGACCGCCGCUUUUGAUUCAAACUCCCGGAAAGGUUUAUAUUUUGCUGUGAAUUUUCUUCUUUAAAAUCCAUGCACAAAUGUAAAGUUUACCCUCGAAAUCCGGCAGAUAAUUUUGUUUAAUGCUGAUAAAGAUUGUUACCGGAAUAGAAUGCAAGAUUCGGGAUCGCAUGGUGAAUCACAAGGAGAUCACAAUUAUGUCGCCCGUCGUACACGUUCAACUUCCAGUGACGACUCAAGCAUAGAAUUUCGUUAUCCUGGUCGUCGAAGAACCAGAUUGCGUCACGGACGUGUUGAAAAUACAGACCAUGAUUACAUAGCGCUCAGAGGAAUCAGUGAGGAUGAUGAUGGGGGCGAUAUAGAAACGGAAGCCGAACCAAGUGCUGAACAAUCGGAGGAUACACAGCGGGACGUCGACGAUGAUAACAAUACAGACGCAGAUGACGAAGCAGCUAAUGACUUGGCCGAAGUAGAACAAGAAAUGUUAGGUGUUGGACCGCCACAAGGACAAAAUGCAGGCAAUGAAACGGAAGAUAAUGGAAAUUUACUUGAACCGGCACCACCAGAUCCCAUGGCUGGCCCUAGUGUCCCUACUGAAGCUGCCGGCACAAUUGAAGCUAACAUUGAGGGUUCUGCAGUGAAUUUAGUCUCCCCAUCACCACCCAAGAAACGUAAACGCCUAAGCCUUGGCACUUCAAAAUCCACUACGCCGCGCGUGAAAUCAAGCGCUGGUAGUGGCGGUGAAGGUGAUGAAGAAGAUGAAGGUAUGACGUGCCCCAUUUGUCUGGACAACUGGGAAAUGUCAGGUGAACAUCGCCUAGUGUCAUUGCGAUGUGGCCAUCUAUUCGGCGAUUCAUGCAUUCGACGGUGGUUAACAGAGAGUGCACGUCAGUCAGGUAUCAAGGCCUGCCCGCAAUGCAAAGCAAAAGCCACAAAUCGCGACAUUCGCUGCUUAUAUGCCAAACGUUUGCGCGCGAUUGACCGCAGUGAAGAGCAUCGAUUGCGCGACGAAUUGGAGGCGGAGCGUCGACGUUCACAAUCACUGCAAACAGAAGUCGCGGCAUUGAAAAUGACAAAUAAAGUUGUAGCCAUGCAACUGGAGUCCAUGUCUGCCGAUAAUGAACGUAUGAAGCAGCUGCUACGGGCUGGUGGUGGUGGUAGCGGCAGUUUUAGUUAUGAGGCGGAUCUUGCCAAUGGCAAGCAACUGUUACGACUGCAGAUGCAUCGACUUCAUCUCGAGACCACUAUCACGAUAACGCGUGAGCCUGGUUGUCGUGUAAUAAUACACGCCGCACGGCAAUCAUCAAUUUUGGCGUCACAGAAGAGCGCACAGGGUCUUUUUCCUGGUUAUGGUGUGCGCUUCAUCGAUAUGGCCACAUUUCGUGCCACAACGUUCCUGCAUGCUUCGACAAAGCUCUUACGCGAUAUGUGUCUAAACGCUGACCAACAAUUGCUGGCAGUCGCUAGCAUGGAGACACGAUCAAAGUUGUUUGAUUUGCGUACGCGUCAAGUGGUUUCCAUAUUUGAACCAGGCGAGAAAACUCUCUGGGCUUGUGCAAUGGACCGCAAGGAUCGAGAGAAUGUGCUGUAUUUAGGCAGCUCAAAUGGCAGCACAUACACAUACGAUAUACGUUUUUCAGAUAACAUUUUGGAGGAGUACAAAACUGAAGGAGAUUUUAGCACUGUGAUUAAUGUGGCCAGCGUGUUUCCCGGCAGUCAUUUCCCUAAUGGUGGUUUUCUCGUCUGCAAAUUGCAGUCACUUUGGUUCUACGAAUACACUGAUGGUAGCACCACAACGAUUGCAACCCGGCUCAAUGUUGAGGGCCCUUUUAGUUCAAUGCAUUAUGAUGCCGCCCAAGAAACGUUGCUUGUGUCGGCGCGAUGCAGUGUACGUCACCCACAAUCACGCUACAUUGUUGGACGUUUGGAGAAGGUAGACGACACACCUUUAAUAAAUGUGAAAGUAACAUUUCAUGGUUCGAAAGCGACGCCAAUAAUGACACGUUGCGCUCAAGUUGCCGUAGAAGCGAAUACCCUAGUAGCCGGCUACAUACAAGACGUCAAACAGUUAGCAUUGUUCGAUGUGCGACGAGAACAGCGCGUCCAAACAAUGCCAGCACAGGAAGUAAUCUAUGAUAUAUGUGCAGUUUAUGUAAACAAUGCAACUUAUUUGGCAGGUCUAUCCGAAACCAAAUGUCGCAUGUAUAAACUGACUUCCUCAAAUACAUAGUAUGAAAUGCAAAAGCUUAAUAACAACAUCCUUAAUUGAUUACCAUUGUGUAGUAUUUUUUUUUUGUUGAUAUAUGCCGAUAUGUAUGUACGUAUCGUCGCCUGGGUAAAAGAUUGUCGUAUGUUAAUUUCGGCAGG